CGCCCACUCCUGUCCUCUUCCCUCGAGCUGGUCUCGUGAUAGCAGACAGCGGUAGUUACUAGCCAGUCAGCUGAAAGCGUAUCCGACGUCUCAUAAAAAACAUGUUAUUAAUUUAAAGAAUAAAACCAUUUACGAAUUAAUCUCAACGACCACUAAAGAUGUUGUCUCGUUUACUAAAGGAGCACCAGGCGAAGCAAAAUGAGCGGAAGGACCAGCAAGAGAGACGUAGGCGUGAAGCUAUUUCUGCAGCCACCUGUCUGACAGAAGCCCUGGUAGACCACCUCAAUGUUGGAGUUGCCCAGGCGUAUGUUAACCAGCGUAAGCUCGACCAUGAGGUGAAGACUCUACAAGUGCAGGCGAGCCAGUUCUCCAAACAAACCGCUCAGUGGAUCAGUAUGGUGGAGGGUUUCAAUCAGGCCCUAAAGGAAAUUGGGGAUGUGGAAAACUGGGCCCGCAGUAUUGAGAUGGACAUGAGGACCAUCGCCACAGCUCUGGAGUACGUACACAAGGGUCAACCUCAGUCUGCUUCCUCAUAAACUUCAUAGUGGAACAUUUAUAGCUGAAGCCAAACACACUGGAAUGCAAUCCAGCUGACUCCUAUCAGCAAAAUCUUUGCUUCUCUAAGUGGGCUUAUGAUGAUGGCUACUUUGUUCUGAGCUAUGCUGAAUAUCUGAAAUGGGUCUAACAUCUAUUUAGCAGUAACUAUGUCAGUAUGGAUUUUUUAAGGUGCCACAUGUAAAAACUUAAAAACUUAGGUGUCGGUUUAAGGGGCCACGGACAAAUUGCAACCUGUCUCCUUAUCUGUAGUUUCUCCUAAAAGCGAUUUAUAGUAAGGCUUUUUUUUCAGCACCUGAUACCUGAUCUAUGUAUGUCUUUGUUUAUGUAUUAUAAUUUUAUGUACACUUAUGACGUCACUGUAUUUGUCAGACAACUUGUUAAUAAUUUAGUGAUGCAACAUUGUUUUUAAUAAAGUCAUUAACAGGCA